AUGUACCACAUUCCGUGGCCUCAAGUACUAUGGGUUGGAUAUCAGCUCAGGCCAACCCAAAUUAUGGGAAUAUUCUGCUCUCAUUUGUCCGUUGUCCUUCUAGUUCUGCCGACACCCUAUUAUUUUCUAUUUCAUGUGCUAUUCCUCUUGUGGGCGUCUAAGAGAAUGGGGGUCAAACUAUGGAAUAAUGAGAGUCCGAGUGUAGAGAGAGCUUUUAUAUUGCUGAUAUUUAUGUCAAUCUCACCUACUAUUAUAUCCAUACGCAACUUAAUGCAGAAUAUACAAGCUAGUAUCAGUAUAUUACAAUUUAAAAAGAACUUCUAUAAAAACUACUUUAAGAGGAUAUAA